AUGAUGCUUACCUUUGCGACUCCUUUACUCCUUGCUCUUACUGCCGCAGCACGUCCGUCGUCCUAUGCCGUUUGGGGUGCCGACUCCGCGAUUUCACGGGGCCAGGGAAAUGGACUCUCCUCCGCUGGGGCCGCACAGGUGUCAUAUGAGCAUGGCGAGUUUCAGUGGGCUCUCCGAUUACUCCUCGACCGUACCGGUAACCAAACAUACUACAAUUACAUCCUGAAAGGCGCCAACAACAUCGUCUACGACAAUGGCACUGUCCAUGGAAGCUACACACUCACCGACUAUGUACUGGAUCCCAUCCGAACGGGCCCGACUUUCCUGUACCUUUACGACAAGACCGGGCAGGCGAAAUGGAAAACCGCCGCCAACACCUUCCGCAGCCAACUCAACAGCCACCCGCGCACCGCAGAGGGCCAGUUCUGGCAUAAAAAAGUGUACUUCAACCAAGGAUGGUUGGACGGUAUCUAUAUGGGCGAUGUUUUCUAUACAGCUUAUACCGCAAAGUUUGACGCACGGAACGCAACGGCCUGGGCCGAUAUAACCGCGCAAUUCCAACUGAUGUUUGAUAACACCAAGCAGCUGCCGACCGCGCCAAACAACACCAACCUGCUCUACCACGGAUACGACUACAGUCAUACCGCAGUCUGGGCCAACGCGGACCGUGGUCAUUCUCCUGAAGUUUGGGACCGCGCGCUGGGUUGGUACAUGAUGGCCCUCGUCGACACUAUCGAGCUGGCCCCACCAAGCUCCGGCGCACUCAGAACAACUCUCCUCAAAAUCCUCCAAACUCUCGCGCCUCCUCUUCGUGACGCGGCAGACCCCAAAACCGGUGUCUGGUGGCUGGUCAUGACGCAGCCGGGUCGCGCAGGCAACUACUUUGAGAGCUCUGGCUCGAUGAUGUUUGUCUAUUCCUUGCUCAAGGCAGUGCGGCUCGGAUACGUGCCCGAUAAAGACGGGAGCAUCGUCAAAGCAGCGAAGAAGGCAUACAACUACGCCACCGCGAACUGGGUCAUCGACAAUGGGGACGGGACGAUGGGGUGGAACAACACGGUGGUCGUGGGCAGCUUAAAUAUGGCCGGCGACUACAACUACUACAUCAGUCAGGCAAUCACUUUGAACGACCUAAAAGGGCUUUCAGCGUUCAUUCUGGCCAGUCUCGAGUACGAGUUGUUAUAA